AUGAUCAGUGAGUCCGAUUCCACUGUCAGUACUUUGGAGAGAAUCGUAAACAAGGUCGUCCUAGAUUUGGAACUCGAGAACAAGUCAUCGAGGCCAAGCUCGAAACGCAAAAGCACCGAAAUUCCAACACCGACACGUACGUGCAAGGUCACAAGACUCAGCAGUAAUUCCGACCCCGAAGAACCACGUUGUCGCAUUUGUUACGACUCCGGUCAACGUUAUCCGAUCAUAUAUCCAUGCAGAUGUAAGGGAACGAUGGGAGCCAUUCAUCUGAAGUGCCUGGAACGCUGGCUCGAGGAGAGCAACAGGAACAGCUGCGAGCUUUGUGGACACCUCUUCCAAGUGCAACGCACCCCACGUUAUCACGCACUGCAAUCCAUCAUGAUAUGGUUUUGUCUGAGCCAGCGGGAGCACCAACUCUUCGUGCGCAGCGUACGCAUAGAUCUGCUCAGGUGCAUCAUCGUCACGCCGGUGACCAUGGGUUGCUCCUACAUAUGCGUCGUCGCAGCUGAUUUUUACUCCAUGAACAAUUACGACAAUUUCCCGCCUGCAAGGUGGACCACUUACUCCCUACUGGCGAUGAUGACUCUCCUCAUAUUCUCUUACUUUGUCUGGAUGUACAUGGCCAUCCAGUAUCACGAGAGGGUUUGGUUUUACUGGUGGCAGAAGACGAGCAUGGUCAAAGUCACGCUGCCGGUGAACGCCACCGAGGUAGCACGUCGUCCUACCGAAGUGUGUGUACAUCGGUGACCAAGCUUGAAGUGCCCAACGAGAUAUGCCAUG